ACGAGGUGUUAUUCAUCAGCGCGCGUGCCAGCCCCGAUUCUUACAGUGUUGUCGUAGGCGACUUUCCGACGGCGGCGCGCGCGUCUCGUCGCUGAGAUGAGUGCUUUCUACAUCCCCAUUGAAUUGAUCAUCGCUGUGCUGUCCAUCGUCGGCAACGUGCUGGUGUGCUGGGCUGUCUCCAUCAACUCCACUCUCAAAACCGCCACCAACUACUUCUUGGUGUCUCUGGCAGUCGCUGAUAUUCUGGUCGGGUGUCUCGCCAUCCCCUUCGCCAUCACCAUCAGCAUCGGGCUGCCCUGCGACUUCUACGGCUGCCUUUUCCUCGCCUGUUUCGUCUUGGUGCUCACUCAGAGCUCCAUAUUCAGCCUCCUGGCGGUGGCCAUUGAUAGAUACCUGGCUGUCAAAAUUCCUCUGAGGUAUAAGGAGCUGGUUACAGGGAACCGGGCCAGAAAGAUCAUUGCCAUUUUAUGGAUUCUAUCAUUCAUCAUUGGCCUCAUCCCAUUUGCAGGCUGGAACAAGAAAGCCAGUACUUGCAGUACGACUAAAAACCACAGUUCUCCUUUCCAGAAUUCCAGCGCAGGUAAGGGAGAACCCGCAGAAGCAGACCAGGGCUUCUUGCAGAGCUGCCGUCUAAAAUGCCUCUUCGAGGAUGUAGUGGACAUGAGCUACAUGGUCUUCUUCAACUUUUUUGGAUGCGUACUGCUGCCCUUGCUCAUCAUGCUAGGCAUUUACGUAAAGAUUUUCACAGUGGCUCGGAAGCAGCUGCGGCAGAUCAAGCUCGGAAGCGUGAUGGGCAACGGCGAGAGCCGCCAACACCAGCACCAUCGUGGGCUCCUGCAGCGCGAAAUCCGUGCUGCCAAGUCCCUGUCCAUUAUUGUAGGCCUCUUUGCCCUGUGCUGGCUGCCUGUGCAUAUCCUCAACUGCCUCACACUCUUUACGGAUGUAAAGAAGCCUGCCGAAAUCAUGUACGUGGCCAUUAUACUCUCGCAUGCCAACUCGGCCGUCAACCCCAUUAUCUAUGCUUACCGCAUCCGGGAGUUCAGAAACACCUUCCGGAAAAUCCUGGCACGCCACUUUCUUUGUCGUCGAGAAGAGCUGCGUCUGAGUUCCAACGGAAGCACCCAAAACAGAGAUCAGAUUACCAUGACCAUUGAUCCUCUGUUGUAGGGUCAUGAGACACUGGAAAUGCUAUUUUAACUUAAUUUAAUCUCAUUUGUAAUGAGCAUCAUUCAUAAUAUGGGGAGCAAUGUUUACAGACCAGAGAAUAACUGCAAGAAUGUGGAUUGGGAAGCUGUUUAUGAGGACUGAAAGGAUGAUUGCACUUUGAAAGCAGGUCUCUCAAACCUUUUUUUUUUUAACAUUAUCGUUAAAGUAAAGCAGAGGGCAAAAUGCUCCUCUCAUCUAACACUACUAAGACAAUGGAGAUACAAGAAACAUCUCUUCAUCCUGAUGCAACUAACAAGUUUGAACAAACUGUACUCUUCAUUCCAAGUCUUAAGGGACAGACAGCAUGCCUCUAUACCUAGCUAGAGGUGCAUCCUGGUCAUGGACAGCGACGACAGUAAACAAAGGUGGAGGGAGCAAUGGGCCGAACGCACCGAAGUGGGUAAAACUGUUCACUUAAAGCCCAUUUCGCAAGAACUGCAACAAAUUGUGAAGGACAGAGGAACAACAUACAGCCAGACUGACUGGGGCAGUAGAAUGCAUACAAAAGUUUUCUAACAUUUAACCCGUAACAAAGUGUCAUACUUGAAUUUGUAAGACCGUUUUAAUAAAUCUUUACACUUUCGGUUACUAUAGAAAGCUCAGGAAAACCAUACGAGCGGACAGGAAUCGUCUUGAGGAAAUUCGUUGAAAGAAAUCCAGGCUGGUUGCCAGUUUUGAAAGAGACAGCACUCUGUAAAUGGGUGAAUCUGAUCAAAUAGGUUCUUCCAAGUCUGGAAACAAUAUACUGUGUAGUUGAAAUAUUCCCAAAGCCCAAGAUUCCUUGUUUUGGCCAAUCACUUUGUAAGCCAUUGCUUACAAAUCACUGCUUUGAAAGAUCUUAAAAGCAAAUUUCCACGUGUUGAAAUGAUGCACAACUUUACACACACACACCCUUCAUACAGUUUCACUCCCACAGAUGUACACAAAGCGGUCCCAGCUGCCUUGAUGUUGGACUUGGGGUUAUUGUCUCCCUCAUGGACGCGUCACUGCUCCCAAAGGCCCAGUUUAUCAUUGAAUGUUGAAGUGCAACAAACUGCAGAGGCAGAGCCUGGAGCGGAGUGCGUCUGCUGCACCGAGAUUUAAAGUGUCAGUCAGACAAAAAGCUUCUGCAGCAACGAGAUUUAGAGCAUCAUCUCUGAGCUAGCAUCCACCUACCUCUAACACUGUUCUUAGAAAAUACUGUGAAUUUCAGCCACUGUCCUCUACAACUGAUCAAAACCACGCGAGUGUAAAAAAAAAAAAAACAGUUUGAAAAAGUAGAACAAUUUACGUCUCGAGUGAUUUAAGAAUAUUAUCACACGGUGAAUUGAUGGCACUGAACAAUGAGAAACCCAAACGAUCUCAUUUUCAACAUGUGAGAAAUAAAAGACCAUCAGGCAUGCUGUUAGAGGAAUAUAAAUCAACUAUGGGGUGGCGUGAUGCGAUCCAAAGUGAAGUGAAGUCAGUGUUAUUUUCCACAUCCUUAUUUUUAAGUGUUUAAUCCUUUUAUCCUUCAGCACUUUCCCAGCAAUUACAUUAGUUUUAAUUUAUGAAAACUGACAUAGAGGAAGAAGUUGUACCAUUUACAGUUAAGUACAGUAAAUGACAGCUUCUCAGGUUACCAAGAAACCGCACAGCUGCUCAUCCUGAAAAUGACACAUGUUGACACAUGUUGAGAAACUAUCACUUUACCUCUAAAAGUCUUUACACAUACGACGUGAUGCAAAUAAAUGACGCAAAAGUACGGGGAAAAAAUCAUUAAUGAAUCACUGGUUAAUAUUCACAUUAAACGCAAAUUGGUAUUUUUAGAACUUCUGUUUCCGUUGUCAAACAGCGCUGGGUUUUGAGACCCAAAGGUAUCAUUCGGCUCCUAUUAAAGGAGAACUGAAGGCAAAUUUUUUUAUCAUCAAAAUUCUCUCUCAUUUUAUUAAAUAUCGGAAUGCAUUUUUGAUCGCUAUUUUGUCGCUGCUAUAGCAAGUUAUGAGUGUUUGAAAUACGCUACGUAAUAUAUCAGUCCAUACGUCAAAGCAACGGCCGUAAACGAGAUUCGUCGAGACCUGUGCGAGACAUCGUAGGACGGAAGUAAAACGUACAGCGGAAAUCAAAGUGAUCAACAUCUGCUAACGUUGUCAAAAGACGCGUGCGCUCUCUAUCGAACGUUGAUGUGAUCAAGCCGGAAGUUUUGUUUGUUUUGAUAGCAAUCAGGAAAGUUUGAAAAAAGUAAGCAGUAAUCGUCAUUUAAACUCGUUUUUGUGCAAUACUUCGUUUGGAAAACAGUUUUCAAAAUGGCGGCGCCGACACCUGGCUGACACUUCACGUUUCGAAGUCUCGCACAAGUCUCGUGAAGAUCGCGCGGAUAAGCGACGCCUGCCGUGGACCGAACGAACUAAAUUCAACAUGGCUAAAAACCGAAUAGGCCGAUAAGUAUAAUAUUUAAUUGCAGUUAGUUGCCAAUACGAGUCACGAUAUAUAAGGUUACUAAAACUGGAAACGUAAUUGAAUAACACGUUAAUUAAGAAAUAAAGCAAGUUUAAAAAUGACUUCAGUUCUUUAAAUGCCUGCUGAGUAUUGGGACAUCCUACAUACUGCUUUUUGUGUACUAAUACAGGAGUAUGGAAGGAUUCGGAUGUAGCCAAACUGAACGAGAGACUCUGCCAAGCCAGCAGCAGCAGUGUGGUGUUUCUACAACCUGUGCCCCGAUUGGUUGAAUACACGCGUUCCUUUCACGGACAAAAUUUUAGAAAAAUCAAACUUUCAGCGAAAGUCACUUUUUUGCACACAAUGUGGAAAGUGUACGUUUACCGGAUAAUCAUAUUUUCGGAUUAUAAAAUUGUAACGACAAAUUGCGCUGUAUGUGUAAAGACCUUGACUGUUAAAAAGUUCUGACGCCGGAGACUCCUUACACACACAAAAAACAAAAACAAAAACACCACCUUCAACAAAUAAAUUACUUACCACAUCAACGAUUUUUAAACAUUUUAAAACAGCCACUCCUGUGUAAGCUGAUACUUUUGAAUAGAUAACAUUAGAGUAAGCAUGUUACCAUAAACCCGUGACUUACCUCACAGCCGGAGUUACUUCCGACCAAUCAGAAUCGAGAACUCGACUGUGGUAUAAAGACGAUUCUAACAUCCAGGUUGCCAUAGAAAAUUAAGGUUCUUGUUUUUGAAGGGUCCAAAACCACGCUUCUGAAUUUUUCAGCCAUAAACACUUUCUUGACUUUUCAGCGCAUGUUGCUUAAUGGCUCUCGAAAAGGUAAAAUGAACAGACUUUAUAAACGGCACACAGAUUUGCUUUUUCUAUUUCUUUAUUUCUUUAAAAAAAUAUUAUACAUGUAUAAAUCAGGCCACUCUGUCAGCGAGUGAUCAGAUGCAGUGAUGUUCCUAUGAAUGACACGACCACAAACGUAUUCUAAUAUACAUCAGAGCAAAGAAAGACGAAGCAGUGGUGAACAGCGAUUUAUCAAUUACAAGAUGCAGUGAGGCAGGUGAACAGGAGCUCUGUAGGUUCUUAACGAAACUCCUUAAACCUUUUUAAACCUUUGUUUUAUUACUAUUCUUAAGGGCUAAACUACAGGAAUGUCCCAAAGUGAACGGACAUUCCCAUGGAGACCAAUCUGUACUGCACUGUCGGGGUGUUAGCUGCCAUUUUAUUCGCUUAGAAAAUACAUCGUGUACUUUUAAUAGCUUGGUGAAAGCAGACAAGCGAGAGGGAGGCGGAUGCUUCGAUUUCCUCGUUAGUAAAAUUAAGUAUAACUAUACAUCCAAGGACUGCUCGAGCUCUGACAGCCCUGUCUGCAGAGAGGCCUUUCGGAGAAGUGUAUUUUUAAAUGUGCUGCAGUAUUCGUGCUACACUUAUCAGCAUACACUGUGGUCCAUAAUUGAUAGAGUAUUUGUGUUGAAGUGUUAUCCCAAUAUACUUGUCAGCUGUAUGAAGCAGUACUGUUAUUUAACAUUAAAUAUGUAUGUUUGGUGACUUAUUUUGUUAAUAAAAUCCCUUUAUAUAUAAAA